ACUAUUUGCAAUGCUCUGGAAUUAUUACUGAUUACUUGGAAGAUUUUGAGAAUCUACUUACAGAGUUGGAAGCUAGUGGAUAUAGCUAUUCUGUUCGACAUAGUCAUCAGGGUGACGACUGUAAAGGCUACUUAUUAUCAGUGUACUCUCGGACCUAAGUAUUAUGAUGAUUCCAAAAAGGAUGAAGCUGAAGGAAGCGCUGCACUCAAGCUCAACACCAACAGGGCACAUACGAUUUUAUAUUGCAGCAAGUAUUGACCACUUAUUCCCAAAUUUUGCGUGAAAUG